AAAAAGUAAAAGAUAAAUAAAAAAAAAAAAACUUCUUGUGGCAAUGAAAGUUGUUUAAAUAAAAUCUAAAUCACACAUCAAACAAAAAGAUCUAACAGUGUUAUCCACAAUGUUUGAUAGUUGUCAACAAGAGAAAAAUAGUGGUCCACGAUGUAGUGAUGUUGCUGAAAAAUUAGCACAAUUAUUUGGGUGGCGACAAACAUAUAAAGUGGAAAAAUUACAACGAACUUUAUCGGGAAAUUUACAUACACGUCAUGCAUCACUGAUUAAGGUGCCAUUAGGUGCUACAUUACCAUACCAAAAUGGUGGUUCGUUUAAAAGUACGACAAAAAUUAAUAUUGAUAAGGAGAAAGAAGCGGCUAUGGGUAACGAUUCAUGGGUGGCUGUACAUAACUUAAGGUCUCAAUCAGGCGGUGGGAUAUUAGAUCCGGAUGAUCGUUUAAAUGAUGUAGCCGAUGAUCGUGAACAAAUCAUUGCAAAUUUUGAAGAUGGUGAUGGAGUACAUCAUGGAGGAGGAGACGGUGCUAGUGGAAGUUCAGUUGGGACUGGCAGUCCCGAUAUAUUUCAUGGGUCUGAUAAAUAUGCACCAACAUAUUCUCGCACUGAUAUUGAAGUAACUGGUGAACAAAUAGCAUCUGGUUUAAAUGUACCUCUACAGGUGCGUAGAGGAAGUGAACCAGCACUAAAUCAAUUAAUUGGUUGUGGUCCGCAAACAAAUGGUUGUGGUCCACCGGAUACAACACGUCCACCCAUAAUGCAAGAUCCGUCCAAACGUUGGUCAGCCGCACCAAUUAUUAAUGAUGAUCAUUCAAUCGAACGAAAUAAUCAUAACAAUGGAUACUUAACACCUGAAGAAGAGGAUUCAAUUGAAGAGGAUCGAUUUUUAAGAAUAUCCAGAGAUGGCAGUAAUCGUUUAUCGAUGCAAUUCUUGGAUGGCGGAGGAUACAGAUGGGCUGAAGCCGCUGAAAAAGCAGCAAAUUCGCUAAAUAGUAAAAAUAAAACAAAUGGUAGCAAAUCGUUACCUCGUGAUGGAAGUCGACGUAAAGAACCUUUAGGUCAAGCAAAUACAUCGAGUCCAACACAACCAUUCGAACAUUUCGAUAGUAAUACCGAAAGAAUCGAAACAAUUGUUAUAAGAAAUGAACCCGGUCAGUUGGGUGUUCACGUUGUACCUGAUUAUGAUCGAAUGAGUAAAGAACGUGGCUUACUUGUCCAAGGUAUUGAACCAGGUGGUCGAAUUGAUCGACAUGGGAAAUUAUUCGUGUUUGAUCGUAUUAUUGAAAUUAAUGGACAACCUCUACAAAAUAUACCAUUUCAACGGGUACAAGAAAUAUUUAAAGUUGCUCAAACCGCACCCGAAUUGGUACUUAAAGUAAUUAAAAAACGUAGCAGUAGUGCUGAUCCAUUUUCUUGCAAACCACCUGCACCGAUUUAUCCUCGUUCCGAUCGUGAGGAUAAAGAAAAUGUUUCGAUGGUUGAAGUUGAAGAAAAAUUUGGUUCUAAUACAAAAUUAGCAACAGUAUCCCCAACAAAAAAAGUACCUCCCGGCUCUAGGAAUCCCAAGAGUCUGUUGACGGCAAAUACACGGCGUAUUGGUAGAAAAAUUGAAUUGGAAUUAUUAAAAGGACCACAUGGUCUUGGUUUUAGUAUUACAACCAGGGAUAAUCCAGCUGGUGGUAAUUGUCCAAUUUACAUUAAAAAUAUAUUACCAAAAGGUGCUGCUGUCGAAGAUGGUCGAUUAAAACCCGGUGAUCGAUUACUGGAAGUGAACGGUGUUGAGAUGACUGGUAAAAGUCAAGCGGAAGCUGUGACAGUCUUACGAAAUGCACCAACUGGUAGCUGUGUUCGUAUUGUUGUGUCACGACAAGAAGAUGCAACAAUUCCUGGGCCAAAUUUACCAAGGGACGGUGGUGAGCUGAGCACUGAUGUUUCCAACAACAAAUCACGCGCUCCUUCGCCGUGUGCCCCAGCAAUACCACCCCUUCCGAGCACACACGAGCUGAUGAACAACAAACAUUCUACUGAGCGCACUGGUUCCGUUGCUAAAAUUAUAUCCCAGUUUCAGGAGGCAGCUAACAAAUCUGCCACAUCUAGUCCAUUGGAUACAAAAUCAACCGAAGAUGCCGUUCUACCAUGGAAACAUCGUGAAAUAUUAACAUUUAAUAUACCAGUACAUGAUUCUGAAAAAGCUGGAUUAGGUGUUAGCGUUAAGGGUAAGACGACUAAUCAAAAUGGUGGUCAAAGUAGUGAUCUCGGCAUCUUCGUGAAAAAUGUGUUACACGGUGGCGCUGCGUCUCGUGACAAACGUUUACGAACAAAUGAUCAAUUAUUAAAUGUGAAUGGCAUAUCAUUAUUACAUCAAUCGAAUUCGGAUGCAAUGGAGACGCUGCGACGGGCCAUGUUGCACACAGAAGGUCCAGUGCCUGGCAGUAUUACACUCACAAUUGCUCGUAGAGUGCCAUCACCUGCGCCUCCUAAUAAUAAUAAUAAUAAUAAUAUUAAUAAUAACCACAAUUCCUCUAAUCAUGUUUCUGCUACAUCUGGUCGUGAUUCUGCUUCUAGUCUACUUACACAUUCAUCAGGUCCUGAAACAUUUGUUGGUAAUACGUCAAAUGAAAAUGAAUCAUCUUCCUAUCUGACUGACAAUUCUGGUGCUAGUGAAAAAUCUGGAAAUACUGUAAUAUUCUUACCAUAUACGAAAAAGUCUGAAUCAUCUUCCGCCAAUCACUCGUUAAAUAAUAGCACGCACUCAAACAGAAGUUUUGGAAAUAUGGAAUCAUGGAAUCAUCCGGUAAUUGAUCGAAUUACAGGUCAAAAUACUAGCGGAACAGGACCACAUCAAUUACGAAAUGAAAGUUAUUAUAUGGCCACACAUGAUCAUACUUGGAAUGGAAGUUUUCAAAAUGAUCCAAAAUUAUCAAGCCCGACAGUAAAUUUGCCAUCUGGAGAAACUAUUCUCAUUGAAAACGAAUAUGUUCCAAACUAUCCACCGGGUACAGGAUAUACCAACAGAAACGGGAAAACGAAAAGUAACGAUAAUUUAUUAAACAAUAACACAACGGACGGCAAAAUAAAUGUAUCAAUUACGAACUGUGAUCAAUCAUCAGACUCCACACCUACAAAUCCAACGAGUACAGACGUAACAUAUGCCAGUCAAUUAUCAUUAGAAAAUCCGGCUGGUUUUACACGAGACGCUUUUGGUAGACAAAGUAUGUCCGAAAAACGUCAUGCUACACUCGAUGCGAAAAAUACUGGAACAUAUCAACGUACGAAAAAAUUACGUGAAGAACGUGAAAAGAGUAAAGACAAUGAAAAACAAGAGAAUGGGAAAUUAAUCCGUGUCGGUUCCGUAGAAUCAAUUAUUAGUUUAAAUCGAUCUCCAGGCCAUAAAGACGAAGAAGCAGAUAAAUUAGGACAAUUAGGACCCUCAUUAGGAAUGAAAAAAUCGUCUAGUUUAGAAUCGUUACAAACAAUGGUGCAAGGAAUACAAAUGGACAGUGAUCCUGCGUAUUCUUAUCGAGGAAAUCAAGGCGCUUUACGGGUGAUAAGAGGUCGUGGAUGUGAUGAUAGUUUUCGAGCAGCGGUUGAUAUCGAUUAUAAAAGUGUUGGUAAAACUAACGAUGCUAAAAAGCAUUGGUUGUUGGACCCACCAAUUGCAGCAGCAAAUUCCGAUUUAGAUGCUCAAGAUGUUGGAUUUAUGAAUGCACGAGGUGGUCCUAGACAGUCAUCUUUGAAUGCUGCUGACAAUAAGAAAGCAGCUAAAAAGAAAGCUGGAUUACUUAAAGGAAUCGGGUCAAUGUUCAGAUUUGGUAAACAUCGAAAGACGCUAGAUGUGAUACCUGGUUUAGAUGAUCGAAUUAUAAUGGCACAUGAAAAUACUGUACAUCAUGAGAAACAGGAUAGUGCGUCGUCUCAGACAGCAUCAUCAGAAACAAAUCAACAAUCUUCUACACAUAAUGGAAAUGAAUCAACGUCGUCCACAGAUCAACAGCAUCAACUACAGCAACAACAGCAGCAACAUCAACAAUCUCCUGCGAAUAGUUUAGAAUUACGACCUAAUAAUCCAUCGCACCAACCUCCACCAAAUGUACCUCCAAGUCAUUAUCGACAAUUAGUUCAUCAACAAAUGAACAGAAUGCAAACGCAGAACCAUACGGAUGUCAAUGAAAAUCCAAUACAUCCAGCCGCGGCGUCAUCAAGAAAUCAAUAUGUACAAGAAUUACGAUCCUUACAUCAAAAACGACAUGCUGAACGUCAAGGCCAUUAUGUGUCUGAAGAACGUGAAGAUCAAUAUGAAAGAGCUAUUCGACAACGUUUGGAACAAGUACCAGACACAAUCCAUGGAAGAUCAGCUAGUUAUGAUGUAUACGGAGAUGUUAAAAGAUCUGGUAGUAGAUCUGCUAUAGGUGCAGGUGAUCCACAACGUUUUAGCCAUUAUGUAAAUUACGAUGAACUACAACAUCAUCUAAGCCGAAGACAACAACAUUACCAUUCUCAACGACAACCAGCACGUGAUUCCCAACAGCGGCCAAUGUCAAACUUUUAUGAAUAUGAAAGUAUACAAUCACUAAUGAAUUCACAGCCCAGAUCAUUAAUAUCUUCACCUCACAGUACAAAUCAUGACACGCAUAACGACAUACCACCAGCACAUCAUAUCACAAAAUCAUCGUCAUCAUCUUCAACAAGCACCAGUACGACACGUAUCACAUCCAACGCCAUUGAUAAAACUACAUCAAUAACUAAACAACAUUUUACACAACAUGCAAGGCCAUAUCAACCCCCACCACCGAUAUCAAGAGGGCAUGAACCUACGUAUGGGUCACGUGCCAUGAAUGGUAAUCCUAGAACGUAUCAACGUUAUGUAGCCAAUCAUAAUCAACGAAAUGUGCAUAAAUUAAGUGGAAAUCGUGGACCUUUUAUUACACAAGUGACUAUUGAAGAUCAAACGCAAAAAACUGCUGGAUCUAGAGUUUAAAGUGUAUUUUAUUAUUCUUAUUAAUUAUUAUUAUUAUUAUUAUUAUUUAUUUAAAUUUUCAACAUCGGUUGUAUUAGAAAUUAUGUCCAUAUUGAAAUUGUAAAAAAGACGUGAAACUAUAGCGAAAGUAGCGGUUUGUAAUUAUUAUUGUAUUUUAUGGUUUUCAUAAUUAUUAUAAACUUAGCGAUGUGGGUGGCAUUGUUAUAGAUGAAUAUGUCUGAGAAGCGGAGGUAACAAUUCCACCAUUAUUAUUAGAGAGAGUCCUGCCCGAUCCUGAAAACGUAACCGCCUCUUGACUAUCCAGUCUGGUUUUCUGGAUCAAAUAGCACUAUGAAGAUUGUUAUGGCAGAAUCUUCUAUUUUCGUUUAUUUAAUUUUAUUGGAAUAAAUGAAUGUUUAGGAUACGGAUAAUAUCUUUAAGAAUUUUAAGGCUAAUUUCGGUGUGGGUUUUGUUAGAUAAUCCAAAUUCAACAAGAGUUUUCCACGUGAAUGCAGGAAUCAAUCCACGAGCACCAAAGAACAGGCCAACAACUUUGAACUUUUGAGGGUCAAAAUCUGACAUCUUCCACCUAGGUUCACGACACAGGGUUCAUAGAUUGCACUCUUCUCCAAAUCAACACUUUCAGCUUGUCUUGUAUUCUGUUCAAACUUGUUGGGCCAAGUAUCAAAGCUUAAGACUUACCCGCAACAAUGUCACAUCUUCUGGUUGACGAGUCCUCCGAGAUGCAUCUGAUCUUCUGAUCUCUUAAUACACAUUCCUUCAAAGUUUUAUUUUAAAACCCAACGCAUUUUUUCUGAUACAUUCGAUAUCAUCGUAAAGAAUUAAAAAAAGAAAACUUUGUUAAUUCUUUAUUUAAUUUUUGUUAAGGCAAUUUAAUUCAUCUCAUUAUAAGAAAACUAUUUUGCCAUAGUGAAGAAAGACAUUUCAUAUUUCUAAUUAGAAAUAUUGUCUAGAACACAACAUCAAUCCAAUUAAGUAUU